UCCAGUCCAGUCCACGACGAAAGUCCACCAGCCAGUCCACUCACUGCUGUCUCUGUCCCUGGUCGUCCAUCAUCUCUCUCUGGCGGGCUACUUACCCCCAUUUAGUAUCAAGUGAUCCGCCUUCAACUUCGUUCCUUCUUCCCCGUCCCAUUCUUCUUGUUCUGCUUCUUCCAUUCUCCGUCGUCGUGUGUUUAGCCUGCUUGCUAUAUACCACCUACCUGCCUACUACCUGCUCUCACCACCACCACCACCCCCACCACCCCCCUCUAAUCCAAACACAAGCUUCCUACUACCUGUAGCUUGUUGCUUGUAUAGCUUGCAGACCGCAAGACCGCCGACUCACCACAACAACCACAACUAAUACUAUCAACAACCACAACCAUGGCCGACGAGAUCGCCAAGGAGUACGAUGUCAUUGUGCUGGGCACUGGCUUGACCGAGUGUAUUCUCUCGGGUGUUCUCAGUGUCAAGGGAAAGAAGGUCCUCCACAUCGACCGCAACGACCACUACGGCGGUGAGGCGGCGUCGGUUAACCUCGAGACGCUCUUCAAGAAGUAUGGCAACUUUGCCGCCGGUACCGAGCCCUGGAAGGAAUACGGUCGCCCCAACGACUGGAACAUCGACCUUGUUCCCAAGUUCCUCAUGUCCUCGGGCGAGCUCACCAACAUUCUUGUCUCCACCGAUGUUACCCGUUACCUCGAGUUCAAGCAGGUUGCCGGCAGCUACGUACAGCAGGGUGCUGGUUCCAAGGCCACCAUCGCCAAGGUCCCCUCAGAUGCCGCCGAGGCGUUGCGCUCGCCCCUCAUGGGCAUCUUUGAGAAGCGCCGCAUGAAGAGCUUCAUUGAGUGGGUUGGCGAGUUCGACCCCAAGGACCCCGCCACACACAAGGGUCUCGACAUGGCCACCUGCACCAUGAAGGACGUCUUUGAGAAGUUCAGCCUCGAGGCCGGCACCAAGGACUUUGUCGGCCACGCCAUGGCCCUCUACCUCAACGACAACUACCUCGAUACCCCUGGCGCCGCCCCUGAGACCAUCGAGCGCAUCCGCCUUUACGGCCAGUCCGUCGCCCGCUACGGCAAGUCGCCAUACAUCUACCCUCUCUACGGCCUCGGCGAGCUUCCCCAGGGUUUCGCCCGUCUGUCCGCCAUCUACGGCGGUACCUACAUGCUCAACACCAACGUUGACGAGCUCGUCUACGAGAACGGCAAGGCCGUCGGCAUCAAGGCCACCAUGACGGGUGUCGAGCCCGAGAUGAAGUUCGAGACCCGCGCCAAGAUGAUCCUCGGCGACCCCAGCUACUUCCCCGACAAGGUCAAGGUUGUCGGCCACGUCCUCCGCGCCAUCUGCAUUCUCAAGCACCCCCUUGCUAGCACCAACGACGCCGAUUCGUGCCAGUUGAUCAUUCCCCAGUCGCAGGUGGGCCGCAAGAACGAUAUCUACAUUGCUUGCGUCUCCUCGGCGCACAACGUCUGCCCCAAGGGCUACUGGAUCGCCAUUGUCUCGACCAUUGCCGAGACUUCUGCGAACCACCACCUCGAGCUCGCCCCUGGUAUCGAGCGCCUCGGCAAGAUCGAGGAGCAGUUCAUGGGUCCCCCCAUUCCCCUCUAUGAGCCCCUCGAGGACGGCCGCAACGACAACAUCUUCAUCUCCAAGAGCUACGACGCCACCAGCCACUUUGAGACCUCGACAGAGGACGUCAAGGACAUCUACCGCCGGUGCGCGGGCGAGGAGCUUGUUGUUGAAGGUUUGAGGGAGGGUAUCCAGAUGUCGCAGGAGUAAACAAUGGACGACAGUGACAUAAAGGGAUAUAUGGAUAUGGAUUAAGGCAUAACAUUAACAACAUUUAAUUGAUGGUUUCCUCGUUUGAAAGCAUAAACUGUACUACAUAUCACAUUAGUACAUACAGGCUGCUGCUGCUGCUCUGCUCUGUUUAGCAAGGUUUUACAGGCAGUCAGUCAGUCAGCCUGUCAGCCACUCCCCCCUUCAACUCACCCAGUUUCCAAAGCGUAUGGAUACGUAUCGAUUUUCUUGUAGAUUUGGGAUGGGAUGGGGACGAUUAGAGGAGAUGGGUAAUAAAUCACAUUAAUC